AUGACGGGAAAUGCUGAUAAAACAGUAUGCACGUGCCGAAUUCAACCAGAACAAAAGAAAAAUGAAGUUGAAUCAGCUCGAUCAGGCGAAGCUAUUUAUAAAGAAUCAACCGAAUGUCCAGGUGGUCUUGCAUGGAAUAAAAGAGGUAAGACAGUCAUUGGUAAUGGUAUGGGUUCAGGUCCAGAUCAAUUAUAUCUGCCCAAUGGUAUAUUUAUCGAACCGAAAACACAUAUCUUAUACAUUGCUGAUAUGUCCAAUAGUCGCAUUCAAAAACGUUAUCCGAAUGGUGAUAUAAAAACAGCUGCGGGUCAGGCGAAUGGUACCAGUGGCAAAGCACCAAAUAUGCUAUCAGGUCCGGCAGAUAUCUUCGCCGAUGAAAAUGAAAAUAUCUUCAUUGCUGAUUGGGGUAACCAACGAAUUCAAUUUUGGCAAAAGGAUGCCAACAGUGGCAAAACAGUCGCAGGGAAUGGUAGUUGUGGUCCAGCAUUAAAUGAAUUUAAUUUUCCCAGCACAGUUUUCUUUGAUUCAAAGAAAAAUAUCAUAGUUAGUGAUUAUAAAAACCAACGUGUAACGCAAUGGCCAUUCUCUUUUGAUCCAAAAACAUCGAUUGGCACAAUCAUAGCUGGUGGUAAUGGUGCUGGUCUCAAUCCAUAUCAAUUGAAUGGUCCAACUGGCUUAUAUUAUGAUGAAAAAAAUCAAAUUUUAUAUAUAUCGAAUGAACAAUCGCAUUCAAUAACACAAUGGGUUCUUGGGGACUAUGAACCUCGUAAUAUUUAUGCUGGUAUACCAGGAAGACCUGGAAAUAGUGCAGCACAAUUAUUUUUUCCAGAAGGUUUAACUCUUGAUAAAUAUGGUAAUUUAUAUGUUGCUGAUACUUCCAAUCAUCGAAUACAAAUGGUUUGCCCAGAUGCUAUAUUAGGCAUUACAAUUGCAGGUACGGGUCAACUUGGCAAUAGCAGCAGUGAAUUGAGUUAUCCGGCGGAUAUUGCAUUUGACUCAGACCUUAAUCUAUAUGUUUCAGACAGAUAUAAUAAUCGCAUACAAAACGAUUUUUCGCCUAAUGUUAAUGAUUAUAAUGCAUAUGGACUGAAAAUAGCUGCUAAUAAUUUGAUACUUGUUGAAGCUCAAAAUGAUCUUGAUUGGUUUAACAUUCAAUUAGCACCUUACACUGAUGAUGUUACAAAAAACGAUGAGCGUGGUUGUUUUCUUGGAUACAAUGAUUCUUCGUGGUACGUUUAUACUAUUGCUCUAGGUAAAAAUCAAUCAACAUAUAGCUUUUUCUUCGUUGGUGAAAUGAUUGGUUUGGACGAAGACGAGAAAUUACCAAAUCGUACAUUUGUCGGUUUUAUCAAUUACAACGGCUCUCUUGAUGCGAUUGAUUGUGAUGACUUCAUUUUAGCCAAAACAUAUGUGACCGGAGCCUUCACACAUCAAGAACAAUUAGUGAUGACAACUGAUCCUCUUGGUUCGGUUGCCUAUGGUUUCUCCGAUCUCUUUACAUUUUCUUAUACAGCAUCUACGAAUAAUCUGACCGUCCAACAGAAUAAUUCACCAUCUCCUUCAACACCAUUCCUACCAUAUGCCGUUGAUUACGAUGGUAGUCACGGUAUUAUUGCUGGCUUUCUUAAAAAUGAUCAAAAUUCACGUAUCAAGUAUAACACAACUGUUAUUCUAUUUACUAUCGAUGCAUCGACAGCCGCGGUCACACCGAUUACAUCAUGGAGGUAUCCGAUGAAUGGUACAACAUGGCAAGCUGGACAAACAAAUGCAGGUGCUGAUAAAAAUGAUCCUAAAUUCGACAUAUUAAUUACUGUACAAUUUACUUUACCAAACUCCUAUACAAUUGGUGGAGUUCGUAUAGGUCUGAGCGCUCCCGGUAAAAAUAAAUCUUCUACAGCAAUCCUUCAAGAUUUAGGUUUUUCACAAACAUUCAAUCAAAGUGGAGGUAUACUUGGACAAGACGUCCGUAUCACUCUUCAACUGACAAAAGUAAUCAAUAAUACAAAUCCACUUAUAACCGGUGAUGAUGAGGCACUGAGUGGUAUUUGGAUUGGCUCAUUUUUGGUGAACUACGACGAAUCAUUCAUGACAAAUACUAGUUAUUUGAAUGCACCACCUAAGACGUCAACAAAUUUGACACUGACCAUCAGUGAAACACCCUAUUAUAUACUAAAUGAACAAUCACCAAUUGCUAGAUUACCAGAAAUAAUUUAUCAUGAUUUUCUUUAUAUAACAAUGAUUAUUGGAAUGUUUGUGCUUAUAUUUGUUAUAGCUGAGGUAAUGAUUUUACCAUGUGUAAGCUGGUUAAUUCGUAAGUGUAGACGAAAUGCUGAUGAUAAAUAUCGAACAGAUAGUAGCCAUCAAUCUGUCGCUGAUCCCGAUGAUGCAUAUAGUUCAAUUUAUGAUUCAAAUAGACAGCAAUCUAGUAAACACAAACACAAUUCUGCUGUGGUUAAUAAUGUUACUUCUCUUCAAAGACAGCAGUACACUUUAAAUCAAUAUGCUAAUCGUAUUGAAGAUGACAGUCAGCAGUUACCGACGAUGUGGAAUCGUCAAGCGUACCUUUGA